AUGGGCGCCGAUCGACGGUUACUCACCCUGGAUGAUCUCACGAGUCGACUGCGAGGGAAGUACAUCAGCGUGCGAUGGCCCGAGAGCGGGGUGUGGUACGACGCGAGAGUGGAACGGUUCGACGCCAAGACGCGCGUGGCGGCGGUGUACUAUCCGGAUUCGUUAGGGAACGACGGCGAGGGCGAGCAGGAGGAGUUGAAUCUGGCGGACGCGGUGUUGGAUGAUGAGGUGUCGUGGCCGGUGUUCAAGGAUGAGGCGACGGCGCGGGAGGUGAUGGCGCGACGAGAGGCGAACGAUUUGGCCAGGGAUCGAAGGGCCAAGCCGGCGGAUACCAAGGCGGCGCGAGCUCGGGCGCAGCAGCUCGCGGAGGAAAAGGUGGUGCGGGACAAGGUUCGGGAUAGUGUACGGGAGGCGAUGGAGAUGGCGACUCGCGAGAACGCGGCGGAGGGUCACGCCGAUGACGACAUCGGGUCGCCGAGCGACGUCGCUACUGCGGUCGAGGAGGCUUUGUACGCCAAGUGCGGGAGCGUCGAUAAGGAGUACCGAACGCGCGCGCGGUCGCUCAUGUUCAAUCUGAAGGACUUGCACAAUCCACAGUUACGCGCGAGAGUGCUCGCGCACGAUCUUCGCGCUGAAAGCGUGGUUGGAAUGUCACCGCAGGAAUUGGCGAGCAAGGAGCUCGUGGAGUGGCGCAAGGCGAGACAGCGCGCGGCGGGUGAGGACGCCUUCAUCAAGGGCGCCGCUCUCGAGGAUCUCGUCGUGAAGAAGGAUGGGAAGAAUGAGAUUCACGUGGAGAUCAAGAGGGACGAUCCGCAGGGAACGAUCAAGCCUCAGGUUGAACAGACUCCGAGCGCAGAGGAUGUCGUCGUCGACGUGGGCCACGAAGAAACUCAAGUCGUGGACGCCGCUUGGGACGCGACGGAUGAGCAGGGCGCGGUUUCGGACGCAGACGAAGAAGAAGAAAACGACAACGAGGAAGAUGAAGACGAGGAAGAACCAAAGGAGAGCGACGCAGGCGACAACGAGAUGCUUUCUUUUGAGAAGUUCGUGAAUGGCGGCGAUCAAGACGAGGAGGAAGAGGAAGAGGAAGAGGAAGAGGAAGAGGAAGCGCCAGCUGAGCCAGAGGAGGAUUACGAACCGGAGGACGGGCCAGAGUACGAUCCCGAGGCCCCGGUCGACGACGAGGAGGAGUACGAACCGGAGAACGAUCCAACGGACGUGCCUUUGCCGAACGGAGCGUGGGAAGGAGCAAUUGACAUCGCCGGCAUGACGUCUCUGUACGUGCGUGCGGUACCCAUCGGUGGUGAAGGCGCUUCGGUCGGCGAUAUCAUGCCGGAGUCCAUCACCGUCAAGGGGCGCGUCGAUUACAAAUCCAUGCAAUCGUUCGUGAAGCAGGUGCAUCGAUCGUCCACGUCUCGUGCGGUGACGCUGGUGCACGUCUCCAGCGCGCCGAGCGGCGGAGACGCCGCGGAGUCCGCCAUGGCGAAGCUCGUCAAGCAGUACCGCGAGCGCGGUCGAUGUGGUGUGGCGAAAACGGAUGAGGGCAUCGAGCUUUACAUCGCGCCUCGAGGCAAGGAUGUGGAAAAGGUGAUCGUCAGCGUCGGGUUAACCCCGGGACAGGUUUCCCCUUCGACGGGCAUGGUCGGCAUGUGCAUCCAUCCUCGCGGCAUCGGACCGAACGUACGCGAGAACAAACGCACGCGCGCUCAGAUGGAGACGGUCGAGGAGGAUUACGAACCAGCUGCACAGUUCAUAGACGUCCCGCCGCCGCCCCCACCGCAAAUCAUGGAGGUUCCUCCUCCACCUCCGCCGCCUCCGCCUCCGGCAGUUGCCGCGGCUCCGGCUCCGGCUCCGGCUUUCGAUCCACAACAUUUGCAGAGCCUGAUCUCAAACGCCUCAAACCUCUUCAGCGGCGCUCCGCCGCCGCCCAAGGGUCAGCUCGUGAACGUUCCGCCGCCGCCUCCAGCCCCGGGUUCGCGUCGAUAA